AUGGAGGCAAGGAUACUCGCAGCCUCACUGGGAUUCCAUGGGCUUCUGGGUGCCAUACUAGAUGCACAGGAUGAAGAAUGGAUUGCGCGGCAAGGCCGGAUGAGGGAAGGUGGUGCAAUAGACCUAAGUACGCUUGGUGAUGAUGUCUGGCUGAUGCAUUUUCGUUUCACGCGAGGGGAAAUGGGGCAGCUUGCUGAGGCUCUUGAUCUUCCAGUAGUCAUCCAGUGUCCGGACUCUCGCAAUCGAGAGGAUCGGAUGACUGCGUUGUGUAUGCUACUCUGCCGCCUGACGCACCCAUCCCGGAUUGACGACCUUGAGAUGCAAUUUGGCUGGGAACGGUCUCGGUUCUCUCGCAUUUCACGUCUUACAGCUGCCGCAGUAUACGAUCGAUGGAAGCAUCUGCUACGUUUUGAUCCCCACUGCCUGACGAAAGAAAAGCUGGCGUACUUUGGCAAGGUUGUGGAGAGACACGGGGCCCCUCUAGACUCGGUCGUGGGCUUCAUUGAUGGGACAAUUCGCAAGAUUGCACGGCCUGUCCGAAAUCAGCGAAUUGUCUAUAACGGCUGGAAGCGCAUUCACUGCCUUAAAUACCAUGCAAUCGUAACACCCGAUGGACUUUUUGCCCAUGUAUUUGGUCCCGUUGAAGGGCGUCGACAUGACGAGACUGUUUUUCAACAAAGUCAGGUGGCGGAGAUUCUGGACAAACAUUUCUGGUCACCUGAUGGACGUCGGCUCAUGAUCUAUGGGGAUCCCGCAUAUGGUGUCUCUGGCCAUGUUCUGUGCCCAUUCAAGGGUGCAGAUCUUACAGAGGAGCAAAGACGGUUCAAUACCUCUAUGAGCCGAAAUCGUGAAGCUGUGGAGUGGGGAUUCAAAGAAAUAAGCCAACAAUUUCCAUUUCUCGACUAUGCACGGAACCAACGGCUUCUACUCUCUCCAUGUGGACUCUACUAUUUGGUGGCCAUCAUCUUCGUCAACGCACAUACAAUUCUACACAAUCCUCAGAUCUCCUCCUACUUCCAAUGCGCACCUCCGACACUUGACGAAUAUUUCACGGGCGGGCCUGUCGAUGAUGAAGAGCUUGAUCAGUGGUGCUUGGAAAGUCCGUAUGAAGAGAUGGAAAUACCGGAAGAUGAUGACAAUGCUUGA